GGGGCAAAGCCGGCUUGGCAGAAGUGUUUAAAACUGUGCACGUGUACAUCACUUUGUGCCCUGCCCAGGGAGGGAUCGGGAAACUUGAGAGAUGAAAGGUGCCAGGUCCUUGGCUACAUUCUGGCCAGUGGCUGAGCAGUUGUGGUGGGAAGCAGCCAUGGAGCAGCAGGGCCCACACGUGCGACCUUUCUCAGCUAAAACGGGCUCUUUCCAGGAUGCUGUGCGCAUGCUCAAUACCCUGCAGACCAACGCUGGCUACCUGGAGCAGGUGAAGCGCCAGCGGGGCGACCCCCAGACACAGCUUGAAGCCAUGGAGCAGUAUCUGGCACGGAGUGGGUUGCAGGUGGAGGACUUGGACCAGCUGAACAUCAUCCAUGUCACUGGGACUAAGGGGAAGGGCUCCACCUGUGCCUUCACUGAAUGCAUCCUCCGAAGCUAUGGCUUGAAGACGGGAUUCUUUAGCUCUCCCCACCUGGUGCAGGUGCGUGAGCGGAUCCGCAUCAACGGGCAGCCCAUCAGUCCCGAGCUCUUCACCAAGUACUUCUGGCGUCUCUACCACCAGCUGGAGGAGACCAAGGACGGCAGCUGUGUCUCCAUGCCCCCCUACUUCCGCUUCCUCACACUCAUGGCCUUCCACGUCUUCCUCCAAGAAAAGGUAGACCUGGCAGUGGUGGAAGUGGGCAUUGGUGGGGCUUAUGACUGCACCAACAUCAUCAGGAAGCCUGUGGUGUGUGGAGUCUCCUCUCUUGGCAUCGACCACACCAGCCUUCUGGGGGACACAAUGGAGAAGAUUGCAUGGCAGAAAGGGGGAAUCUUUAAGCAAGGUGUCCCCGCUUUUACUGUACUCCAGCCUGAAGGUCCCCUGGCAGUGCUGAGGGAUCGAGCCCAGCAGAUCUCAUGUCCUCUCUACCUGUGCCCACCUUUGGAAGCCCUGGAGGAAGGGGGACCACCGCUUACGCUGGGCCUGGAGGGAGAGCACCAGCGGACCAAUGCUGCCUUGGCCUUGCAGCUGGCCCACUGUUGGCUGCAGCAGCAGGACCACCAGCGCACUGGGGAUCUGAAGGUGUCCAGGCCCAGCCUCCCGUGGCAGCUGCCCCUGGCACCGACAUUCCAGCUCACAUCCCACAUGCGGCUCGGGCUUCGGAACACGGAGUGGCUGGGCCGGACUCAGGUGCUGCGACGCGGGCCCGUUACCUGGUACCUGGAUGGUGCGCACACCUCCAGCAGCAUUCAGGCCUGUGUGCGCUGGUUCCGCCAGGCGCUGCAGGGCGGCGAGAGGCAGAGCUGUGGGCCAGAAGUGCGUGUCUUGCUUUUCAACUCCACUGGGGACCGGGACUCCGCAGCCCUGCUGAAGCUGCUACAGCCCUGCCAGUUUGACUAUGCUGUCUUCUGCCCCAACCUGACAGAGGUAUCAUCCCCAGGCAGUGCAGACCAGCAGAAUUUCACAGUGACACUGGACCAGGUGAUACUUCGCUGCCUAGAACACCAGCAACACUGGAACCACCUGGAUGAGGAGCAGGCCAGUCCGGACCUCUGGAGCACCCCGGCCUUGGAGCCUGGUGGGCCUGCACCUCUGCUGCUGGCGCCUCACCCACCCCACAGCUGCAGCAGCAGCUCCCUUGUCUUCAGCUGCAUCUCCCACGCCUUGCAGUGGAUCAGCCAAGGCCGGGACCCUGUCUUUCAACCCCCUAGCUCCCCAAGGGGCCUCCUUGCCCACCCUGUGGCAGGUAGUGGGGCCAGUGUACUCCGCGAAGCUGCUGCUAUCCACGUGCUGGUCACCGGCAGCCUGCACCUUGUAGGUGGUGUCCUGAAGCUGCUGGAACCCUCCCUGUCCCAGUAGCCAACAUGAGAGGUUGGAGGUGGGAGCCUCCUGCACCUGCCCUGCGUGCUCUCCAUGAACUCAAAUCCUAGGUGCCUUUUGUUUUCUGCUUUACUGAUUCUGUCUUGACUGGCCCAGGGUCCCAGGCUCUGGGUGGCAGAAUAGAGGGCUGGGAGAGGAUUUCCUCUGUCUUUGAGGCUCUGUGCCUUGGCUUCUCCCUCCUGCCUGAGACAGCCGAGAGGUUCCCAGGUCUCUCAAUGUAGAGUAGGUCUGACCACUGGCCCGGGGCCCCCACCCUGCCUGCCUCCUGGCUCAGGCCCAGGUUGCUGUGUGAGCCGCCUGGCCAGGCCCAGUGUCCUGCUAGGUGCUGGGCAAUAGAUUCCUCCUCCCACUGCCUUCUGAGAAAGGUAAGGGCCCCUGCCUGGGGCCCCCUGGGGACAGAGGGUGGCUGGAGUAGAUUAAAGCUAUUAAUUCUUUUUAAAGAAAUGGCAAAACCUUUGACUGA